AGAAAACUCAUGAAUACCACAGACAUGGCAAAGAAAACAAGUUCUCUGAUGUCUUGUGGCAAGAAGGGAAGGCCUCCGGAGCGGUGUACAGUAGUGAGAAGGAGCUCACUGAACGAACUCCUUGUGAAGGGACUCCACCGUACCUCAGCUGGGCCUCAUUGUUCCUGAACUGCAUUAGUUAAGAUUACCCAAACGUGGAUUUCAAAGGAAUACUUUCAUUGUUCCAUCUGUCACACCAAGUAAUUGAGGCCAGCUGGAUGUCAGGAUGCGCCUGGUAACCAUCUUAAUCCUGCUCUUCUUUUGUAAAGCCGCUGAGCGCAAAGGAAGCCCUGGGGGUGCGAGAAACCGAGUGAAUCACAGCCGGGCUGGUGGGAGCCGGAAGGGCUCCAGCCUGGUCAAACGCUACGCUCCAGGCCUCCCCUGUGAAGUGUACACAUAUCUUCACGAGAAAUACUUAGAUUGUCAAGAGAGAAAACUAGUUUAUGUGCUGCCCGGCUGGCCUCAGGAUUUACUGCACAUGCUAUUAGCAAGAAACAAAAUCCGCGUACUGAAGAACAGCAUGUUUUCCAAGUUUAAAAAGCUGAAAAGCUUGGAUUUACAGCAGAAUGAGAUCUCCAAAAUUGAGAGUGAGGCUUUCUUUGGUUUAAAUAAACUUACCACUCUCUUACUGCAGCACAACCAGAUCAAAGUCUUGACAGAGGAAGUGUUCAUUUACACACCUCUCCUGAGCUACCUGCGUCUCUAUGACAAUCCCUGGCAUUGUACUUGUGAGAUGGAAACGCUUAUUUCAAUGUUGCAGAUUCCAAGGAACCGGAAUUUGGGGAACUACGCCAAGUGUGAAAGCCCACAAGGACUAAAAAAUAAAAAACUGAGGCAGAUAAAAUCUGAACAGUUAUGUAAUGAAGAAGAAAAGGCACAUUUGGAUCCAAAACCCCAAGUGUCAGGGAAACGCCCAGUCAUCAAGCCUGAGGUGGACUCUUCUCUUUGCCACAACUACGUGUUUCCCAUACGAACACUGGACUGCAAAAGAAAAGAGUUGAAGAAAGUUCCAAACAACAUCCCUCCAGACAUUGUUAAACUUGACUUGUCACACAACAAAAUCAACCAGCUUCGACCCAAGGAGUUUGAAGAUGCUCAUGAGCUAAAGAAAUUAAACCUCAGCAGCAACGGCAUUCAAUUCAUAGAUCCUGCUGCUUUUUUAGGACUCACACAUUUAGAAGAGUUAGAUUUAUCAAACAACAGUCUGCAAAACUUUGACUAUGGAGUAUUAGAAGACUUGUAUUUUUUGAAACUCUUGUGGCUCAGAGAUAACCCUUGGAGAUGUGACUACAACAUCCACUACCUCUACUACUGGUUAAUGCAUCACUACAACGUGCACUAUAAUGGCCUGGAGUGCAAAAUGCCUGAAGAAUACAAAGGGUGGUUUGUGGGAAAAUAUGUUCGGAGUUACUAUGAAGAAUGCCCCAAAGACAAAUUACCAGCAUACCCUGAAACAUUUGACCAGGAUACAGAAGAUGACGAAUGGGAAAAAAUACAUAAGGAUCACACAGCAAAGAAACAAAGUGUAAGAAUCAUUAUUGUGGGAUAACUUAGAAAUUGUUCUGGUUGCAGCUAAUUUUGUAUUUGCUAAACUGGUGUUGGAAAACCACAUGUUUAGAUUUUGAUUAACUGUUUUACCUGUUUAGGCGAGGUUAUCCAGCUAAAGGAAGGUUCCCUUAAUUAUUAUUAUUGUUGUCACAGUAUAGUAAUCGAGGGAAUACUCUCAUGCUGCUUGCCUGCCUGUUUGCAGAACAGCUUUUGAUAGUGACUCCACACUGGUAACCUGCAGGAGUUGGGUCCUAAUGAUGGCAUUAGGAGGUCAUAAUGUUCUGUAUAAAUGUUUUUACUGCUUUUUGAAAAUUAAAAAAACCUGGUUCAUUUUUA